GCUGUUGAGAAUGAACAAAAUCAGUUUAUUAUGUGCGAAAAAGUGGUGUUUUUUCAGACAAAUAUCUGCUGUGAACUGUAACUUGAUAUUACAACUGCCUUGACCAUUUAUCUAGUUUGAUCUCAGAUUCUUUUGCCGUUGAUUUGAAAUUAUUUGCUGAAACGUUUUCUAUUGGCGCGACGAUGCCCACUAUUAUCGGAUUUGAAGGCAGUGCAAACAAAAUUGGUAUCGGAAUCAUCAGAGACGGAGAAGUGUUAUCGAAUCCUCGACACACAUACAUUACACCACCGGGAGAAGGAUUCAUUCCGAGAGAAACGGCGAGACACCACCAGCAAUGGAUAAUGCCUAUAUUGGAAGAGGCUUUGCAGAAAGCCGAGUUGUCGUUUGAUAAGAUAGACGCAAUUGCGUACACCAAAGGACCAGGCAUGGGGGGACCUCUAGUUACUGUUGCCGUUGUGGCUAGGACAUUGGCACAGAUCUUCAAUAUACCGAUCAUAGGUGUGAACCAUUGUGUGGGUCACAUAGAAAUGGGCCGUCUCAUCACAGGAGCAAACAAGCCGGUUAUUCUCUACGUAAGUGGCGGAAAUACUCAAGUGAUAGCGUAUUCGCAGAAUAGAUACCAGAUAUUCGGAGAGACAAUUGAUAUAGCUGUUGGUAACUGCCUGGACAGAUUUGCCCGAGUGCUGAAACUGUCUAAUGAUCCCAGUCCAGGCUACAACAUUGAGCAGAUGGCGAAACAAGGCAAGCAGUUGUUGGAGUUGCCUUACAUUGUGAAGGGCAUGGAUGUGUCAUUUUCAGGUCUGCUGAGUUUCAUUGAAGACAGGGCCAACAACUGGCUGAAAAGUGGAAAAUAUUCGAAGUCGGAUUUGUGCUUCUCUCUUCAGGAAACAGUGUUUGCUAUGCUCAUCGAAGUAACAGAGCGUGCGAUGGCCCAUUGCGGAGCUGGAGAUGUUCUGAUCGUAGGAGGAGUUGGCUGUAACCUCAGACUGCAGACAAUGAUGGGAGACAUGGCCAAAGAGAGAGGUGCACACUUAUAUGCCAUUGACGAAAGAUACUGUAUCGACAACGGAGCCAUGAUUGCACAGGCGGGUGCGGCCAUGUUUAGCAAGGGUAUCUCAACUCCACUUCAUAAAACAUGGUGUACUCAGAGAUACAGGACAGAUGCAGUGGAAGUCACGUGGGUCGACUGAACUUGCUUCACUUUCGAGCGUCUAUCUCAUUUAGACGGAAAGUCUGAGCACUUGUUCCGGCCUAGAAAAAGAAGUGACGGAAAGCUGCCUAUUAUGAAAUAUUUGCAGCUUUGCAAAAUUACAAACUUGCUCUUGUGUUCACGAGUAAACUGAAGUACCGAGAACAUCUGUCCAUGGGACAAUUUGGCUUCUUUUUUGCACAUUUUGGAAUUUACACGACUGAAGUUUAAGUUCUAAUAUAUGCAAUACAUGUACAUUAUAUUGUUUUCAAACAUGAAUUUUGUGUUA